UUGAGGUUUUUCUGAACCUGCUGUUUAUCAGGAAUGCAUACUAGUCUGAUUAUAGUCGUCAAGCUAACACUUUUUCAAGAUUGUGUUCUGAUUGCAAAGUGCUGAGUCAAUUGAAAUAUGAUUUUGGAUGUUUGGCAGGAGUGUAAUGACGAGCAUAGUUUUGUAGCAUCUGGUGAUUGGUUCUGUUUCUUUUAGAGUUUUGCCUAUGAUUGCAAAGUAUUUAAGAAAGCUAGCCAAACUUGUGAGUUUCAAGCAUAGUUGCAGUACAGUGAUUUGGGGCUCGUUUGGAGUGAUUUUGGAUAGGCCAAUAAUCAGAGAAGCAAAUGAAAGGAAGUUGCUUCACCCCAUAAUCGCUUUAAUUCACUGUAUUAUUGUAACCCUUAUGAAAUUAUUUUGCUUUGCUGCUUUGGUUAUCCCCCACUCCGUCACUCUUGUUGGAGCUGGCUUGGUGUUUUUAAGUUUUUUCUCGCUCAAAAUUCUCAGUUAGUCAAUUCCAUAUGCAUCAUGAAAUAAACACCUUUUGUUUCUUUUAAAUUAUUUUUCUAAUAUAAACUAUAAAAACCAAAACCCUAAACACAAAAUGAUUUACCCUAGACCCAAAGGGAACAUUGUAACCACUCUCUGUAAGGAUUCUAUUAAGCCUAAAAUUCAAUGUAAAUAGGCCGCUCUUAUUUUACUAAAAUUUCAUUUAUUUUCUAAAGUUACACUUAAAAGAUGAACUUUGAAGUGCAAAAUGUUGGUUGUUGCAGGAGGAUAUUCCAAAGAUGAACUUAUUUCGUAUAAUUUGUUAGCAAAACUUAACAUAUUCAUGUUCUCAAAAUUUAACGUGCCCACAAUUCACAACAGUAUAUAGUGUUAUAAACUCAAACUCAUAUAAUAAAUGUAAUAUAAUAUAAAUAAAACAUCAAAUAACAAAACCCCACUCCGCACCUGAGUUUGAAUCCCUCUUUUCUUAGAAGAAAAAUAACAAAACCCCAUAACAUGUCACCAAAUCCUUACAUCCAAAAAAUAAAAAUAUAUAGACAAAAGAUUUUUUAAAAAGAAAAGAAAAACAAAUUGAUAUAUAUAUAUAUAUAUAUAUAUAUAUGUAUAUACAACAACCCGAUAAGGCUCUAGCUUAGUAAAAGAGUCUUUCUUGGAUACAUAUACAUGGGAAAAGAUCUUAUACUCUCCUAAAAGUAGGCCACUUUACAUGCCUUUCUUUCUUUCUAAUCGCUCAAACCUUUUCCUUCACUGACUUAAGAGACUGAUCUGGAGGAAUUGGUUAGCCUAAUUAAUCAGAUUUUCCAUCAAUUAAUCUGCUGCAUCAGCAAGUUUGGUGGUCAAAUUUAACUGCCAUGGCUACUCUUAAGUUUGAGCCAGAUACUGCAGGUACGUAAGACAAACGAGUAUAUGGGAGCUGGGGGUGCCAAGGCAGCAUCAGACCUACAGGAAUGACAAAGCAUGCAUGCGUGUGUGUGUGUGUAUAUAUAUAUAUAUAUAUAUAUAUAUACCACGUUCAAUGAUCCGAACUGUCUAGUUUUUAGAUAUUCCUCUAGUGUUGUUGCCAUUAAUUAAUUAAUGUUUAAUUAUUGCAUUGCAGGGGUUUCAACACCAUUUUCAAAUUCACCGCCAACUCAUUACAUCCUAAAAGUAGAGUCCUUUUCGUCUUUAGAGAGGCAUUCAGCAGGUAGAUUUGAGUCAGGGCAGUUCGAUGCUGGAGGAUACAAAUGGAAACUGGUGGUGUACCCAAAUGGAUACAAGCAGAAGAAUUUGGAUGACCACAUCUCUGUCUACUUAGAAAUGGCUGGAGCAGAUUCACUUCAGACUGGUUGGGAAGUAUUUGUUGAUUUUAGAUUGUUUUUACGUGAUCAGAAUAAGGGAAUCUACUUGGUUCUUCAGGAUGCUAAUCUAAACAAGAUGUGCUUGCACGGGGCGAUGUUUGAAGUGGGUUUCGAUAGAGUUAUCCCUCUGAAUGCAUUUACUGAUUCUUCCAACGGCUAUCUGAUUAAUGAUACUUGUGUGUUUGGAGCCGAGGUCUUUGUUUGUAAAGAAAGAAGAGCUGGCAAAGCAGAACGCCUAUGCGCGAUCAACAGUGCUAUGUACAAGCAUCCUUGGAAGGUUUAUAUACCUUUAAAGUUCAGACCUGAAUUCUUGGAAUCAAAGCCAUUCUUUGCUGGAGGACAGACAUGGAAGAUACGUCUCUAUCCCAAGGGAUAUGACAAAGGAAAGGAUACUCAUGUUUCUCUUUACUUAACAUUGGCUAAUCCAGAACCUGCCUCCAAAAUACUUACAGAGUUUACUCUGCGCAUCGUUGAUCAAUUGAAUGGCAAGCAUUUUUUUUGUAAAGGUUGUCAAUGGUUCAGUGCCUUGACUCCCUCUUUCGGUUUCUCUAGGUUGAUUGCAUUUGACAUUUUGAAACAGUUAGACAAGGGUUUUUUGGUUCAGAGCUAUUGCUUAGUGGAGGCAGAGGUCACCGUCCAUGGAAUUUUUACAGCAUUGUAGUCAGCUAAAGCUUGUCCUAACAGCCACUUGCUGUUGCUGUCAAACAGAAACGUUUCUCCAAUUCAAUAUUGGCAACACAACAACAGGAUAUAAUGAUCCUUAUUUGAAGUUGUUUUCUGGUGCUUCUUUAAACAACACACUUUGGUGUUAGUUUCUAUUUGCAAAUUAGAAUUUUAUCAUUUGUAUGUCUACAUAUUGAGCUUUGCUAAGCAAGUCGGAAGGAGAGUCUAUACUUCACUGCUCUACAUGUGGUUUGGGCUUU